GAGCUUUCCGUGAAAAACGUAUUUUUUUUUUCAUCACGGAAUCAGCAUAAAUAUUGUAUUACAAUGCUAUCAGCAAAUUAUGGUUUCUUUUAUUGCCCGACAAACUAUAUAUAUUUUUCAACGCAGCUAUUUUUUAAAUUUUAAAUUUAAAGGUUCUGCUAACAGGACUUUCUAAUAGGUUUAAGUUAUAAAGACAAAAAAAAGUUAAGCGAUGAAUAGGUUACCUAUAUUUAUUGCUCUAUUGCUUUUGAUCACUGUUUUACAUUCCCAAGCUUGGGAGAGUAAUUUUAUAAGGAGUAGGAUAUUAUUUGCUGAUCAACGGAUAGAUUCAGAAUCUAGCAAAUAUGAAAGCUGGUUUACUCAAAAUUUAGAUCGUCUUAACCCAAACGAUGAGAAGAACCAGCAACAGGAAGCUGAUCUGACCCUUACCCUGUUUUAUGAAGGUCUAUGCCCUUAUUGCCAUGAGUUUAUUCUAAAACAGCUAUAUCCUUCAUACCAGAAAUUGGAAAGUAGCUUAAAAUUGGACUUUGUGCCCUUUGGAGGGAGUCGUUCUUCACGUAGCGCUGAUGGAAAAGUAACAUUUACUUGCCAGCAUGGUGACGAAGAAUGUUAUAUUAACAGAAUCCACGCUUGUGUUCUUGAUCAAAAACCAUCAUCAUUAGACUUCGUUACCUUCAUCUAUCACCAUUUGUCUGCCACAGAAGAACGCCGUCGCAACGAACAAGAAGAAUUAGAACUGGCCAAAAAAUGGUUGCCAAGCAGCGUUUCCUGGGAUAAAGUUAAUGAUUGUUAUCAUGGUGAACGUGGAACUGAACUUCUAUUAUCAUAUGAGGAUAGACAAUCAAAGCUUCAUCCUAAAUUAGCUUAUGUACCAAAUAUAAGAUUUAAUGGUGUCUUUGAUGUGAAGAUAGAACAGAAGGCUCGGGCAAAUCUUGUACUUGCUGUUUGCAGCUUACUAAAAGAAAAUAAACCAGAGAUUUGUAAAGAUCAGGUUUAAAAAAGGUUCAUCCCAAAAUGCUUAAGAAUAUUAAAUGUUAAAUGAAAUAUUCUUUUGUUCAGAAUAUGGAAAUAAAUAAUGCUUAGUAAA